AAAUGUUCCACUAAAAAUAAUGCAAAUAUUAAAACGAAUAAAAGUGUAGCGAAUAAAGAUAAAAAUAAAUUGAAAGGUGUUACGGCAAAAUCAUUAUUAACUAAUGCGGCCAAUAUGAAAAUCACUAAAGCUAUAGCAAAUUCAAAGCAAAAUCGAAAAAAUUUACAUAAAGCAUUAAUAAAUGGAGCCGAGUUGUUUACGGCAAAUGAAGCAAAUGAAGCUUCAAUAAAAAGAACAGCAGCAGCAACAAUAACAACAACAACAGCAACAGAGUGUUUUAAUAAAAGCAUUUGCAAGCGUAAGGAAUUAUAUGAGAAGGAUAUUGAAGGGCAAAAGAUUUCUUUUCAUAAUGAGCAAAGUCCAUAUCCAACGAAAAUGCUUAUAAGCAACGAAUCUGAACCAAUGACAAUAGCGGGUUGUUUAUUAAGUCGAAAAGAGAUAGAAUAUAGACAAGAGCAAAGAUCACCAAUACCAAUGCAAACGACAAAUUCACCGCAAUCGUCGUUGUCUUCUACUACAACAGCGGCAGCAGUAACAACAACAACAACAACAACAAUAACAGGUCUACUCAACGAGCAAAUCGGUUCGGGGAGAGUACACCACUUUCAUAAUCACCACAAUCACCAUCAAAACCACAACCAACAACAACAACAACAACAUCAACAACAACAGCAACAACACCAGGCAUCAGAGUCGAGGUUCGCAGCAAAUUUGAAUUUAUCGUUAUUAGCUGGCAAGUCAGCAACGCUCCUAUCAGUUGUCAACGAAACAUCAAAUCAGACAGUGUUACGUACUACGACAAUAACAAAUACCACCGCCGAAGAAGAUUCACAGCAUAUGAAAAACUUUCAAUUAAAUAAAAAUGAAAAAGAUACAGUGACGAAUAUUCAUUUCGAUACCGCAAAGUCUACAGUUGCAAUUGAUGCUGCUGCUACUGCUGCUGCUGCUGCUGCGUCUGCUGUUGAUAAACUUCAAGAUAAUUGUAACGGUGACGUAUGCGAAGCCGCUACCGCCGUGAUAAUUAAUCGUCAUCAUACGCAAACAACUGAUAAGGUUAAUAAGUGUAAUAUCGAGAGCAAUAAUAGUCAAAUAAAUCGUAAUGAUAACAAUAAUUUGUCUGCAAAAUCCGUGAUAAAUGCAACAACAACAACAGCAACGACAUCAGCAGCGACGACAAUUAGUGAAAAUUAUCAAGAAAAAUUAGAAAACUGUGAAGAAUUUGAGAAAACUUUAAACAAUGAAUUACAACAACAACACCAACAACAACCGGUAAAUUAUCGUGGUGUAAAUAAUACCGUAAUUAUAACAAAUUAUAAUCAUAACGCGCAACAACAGCAACAUCAUCAUCAUCAGCAUCAUCAGCAUCAUCAGCAACAACAACAUUCCGAUAAUUCGUUUAGUGUACAAACAGUGGAAUACGAUUCACAAACGUCCAAUAUACUCAGUUCAACAAGUGAUCCAAAUCUUAAUUUAGCGGUAAUUGGAAUUCCAACUCCGCAAUCGGCUAAUCAAAGCGCGCAACAAUCCGUCACAAGUUCAGAACAAUUACAAGAACAUGCCCAUCAUUACUCGCAUCAACCGUCCGUCGCCGAUCAAUGGUUGAAUGUUUAUAAUAAUUGUGCCUAUGAUUUAUCAUUAAAUCAUACUCAGUCGGUUAACGAUCUUACAAGUCAAUUAUUGACAUCGACUUUAACUCAGCUACAGCAGCACUCCCACCAUCAUCAUCAUCAUCAUCAUACACAUCCGCAAAAUUUAGCAUAUUAUCCGGCGCAUUUAAUUAAUCCUGGCGCUGCGAUUACUGCGGCUACGACAUUAGCAAACGCUUCUUCUUAUACGCUGCACGACGAUACAAUGCGUUCGAAUACAACCCUUUAUUCUACCUCUUAUGCACCCACGGGUCAUGAGCAUUUGCAUCAGCAUACGCAAUUAGUGGGCACGACACCCAAUACACCGCACACUCCGACCAAUAUCGAUGAAGUUAUCCAGGAUACACUGAAAGGUGAAUGCUUAGACGAUCAUCACACUGCUGUCAGUUAUUUAACAAAUUUAAAUUCAGUGGUCGAUGCUCAAACAUUAAAGGAUACAUAUCAUAGUGCAAAUUUAGGCCAUGAAUUAAGUACGCUUACCGUAGUUGCUCCGGCUCAUUUACAGUCGUCUUCCAAUCACCUGCAAACCAUACAUCAUUUACAUCAAAAUAAUUCGGUUAGUUCGGGCGGUAAUAGUCCAUCACCCUCGUCAGCCUUAUCGCAAACGGGCGAUGUAGCAACUUUGCAAAGUUUUACCCAACUAACGAACGCUAAUGCCAGCAGUCACCGCGAUAUUUACGGUUUAUUAACCACCGAUCAGAAUUCAAUGUCUUAUUUUACAUCGCCACCCAGUCCAGUACUGUCGCAAGGUUCAGCUUACGGUGGUUCGCUGGUAACAGCAGCAGCGAACAGUUUGCAAUAUAGUUUGCAAUCAAGUGCAAUAAAUGGCGCUAGUUCGACAUCACCUCAUCAACAUCAUUCAACACCUACUUCAUGCUCGCAGGCAGCGUCGAAUGCUCAAAGCGUUAAUAAUUCGUUGGUGAAAAGGUCUGAUGAUUAUGGUUCACCGAAAAGUAACAGUAGCAGUGUUGGCAGUGCCAGUGGCGGCGGAGGUGGAGGAGGUGCGUUACCUGCUUUCCAACGAAUAGCUUCCUCAACAUACGGUGGCGCUGGUGGGGUAACUAAUGGCGCCGAACGUUACACCUCAUUGAGUAAUUAUAGAAGUCAUAAUGACACUUGGCCAAGUACGUACGAGACAAUUAGCUAUGCUCCCGCUUCGGUUGUUACCAGUCAAAGUCUAAAUGGAGCUUUAAAUGCCGUAAAUACUAACGUCAUCCGUUCUACAGUGAAUGCACGCUCAGUUGCUACCUCUGAAAAUAAUUCUUUAGUAGCGACACCAUUUCCAGCCGCUGCCUCUUUGUCAGCAACAUUAUUUGAUGCGGAUUUUUUCACGGAGGGGCGAGAAUGUGUCAAUUGUGGUGCAAUUUCGACUCCAUUAUGGCGACGCGAUAAUACCGGACAUUAUUUAUGCAAUGCGUGCGGUCUUUAUCAUAAAAUGAACGGAAUGAAUCGUCCCAUAAUAAAACCUCCCAGAAGAUUGCAGAGUGCUUCGAGACGUGCGGGCCUGGCCUGUUCAAAUUGCUUAACGACGCAAACUUCAUUGUGGCGUCGCAACGUUAACGGUGAACCCGUUUGCAAUGCUUGCGGUCUUUACUAUAAAUUGCAUAGCGUUAAGCGACCAUUAACUAUGAAGAAGGACACGAUACAGACUCGUAAACGUAAACCCAAAGGCAGUAAAUCGGAGAAAAUAUCUAAAAAACAAGCAGCAGCAAAUGCGGCCGCUGCUGCCUCUGCCGUUAUUUCGGAUACUGCUUUGAAUGGUGGUAAUUCCAAUACUAAUACACUGAACGGUCUAAACGGAGAUCAAGAUAUAACACAACAUCACCAGCAGCAGACGCAAUUAAAUACAUCGAUAUCAUCAUUAACACAUUCAGCGGCUACAUCACCCAAUACAAACGGUUUGCCAUCACCACCAUUGUCAGCGACAAACAUAAAUCAUAACAACAGCAAUGACUUAACGGCCGCAAUUAUGUCGCCAACAUCACCGUUACUGCAGGCAGCAACUAACUCAAUAGACGUUGCAAUAACAACGCAACGGGAGUUACAUAAGCAACAGCAACCUCAGCAACAAUCACAAAGACAACAGCAACAACAAAUACAAAACUAUCAACAAAUGUCACCGACAACAGCAUCACUGCAUCAAAAUCUCAGUUCACCAAAUACCAUUAUGUUUAAUAAUAACAACAACAAUAAUAAUAAUAACAAUAAUAAUAAUAAUUGUAAUAAUCAAUCUUCACCCAACACCAGCGCACAUUUCAGUAAUAAUCAUAGUGCAAGUAAUCCAAAUGAUGCAGCAUUUAACCAUGACUCUGAGGAGAAUGAUAAUGAAAAUAUGAAAUUUAUGCAAAAAUAUUUACAAACUCCUCAUCAUCAACAACAGCAACAGCAGCAGCAUCAAUCUUCAACGGAUAUUGUGAUGAGCAGUGCACAACGUCCUCAUACAACAAUGAUAAAUGCAAGUCAUUCACCCACUACCAUAACGAAAUCGCCGACAGUAACGACAACCUUACAAAUGCAAUAUUUGCAACAACAGCAACAGCAACAACAUAACAAUCAUCAUCAGCAACAGCAACAGCAAUCACCAUCCCAAACUGGUCACCAUCAAGUGAACAAUAAUAGCAACAACAAUAAUAAUAAUAAUAAUAAUAGCAGCAACAUACAUUUGUUGGUCUCCAAUCAAAGUCCUUUGCAGAAAAAUUCACCGUCCGUUUCGCCACCGAAUUAUCCGCCAUACGCUGAAUUGAUGUCCCCAGAUGCUGAAGCAGCGGGAAUUAAAAUUGAACAAUUGCAUCACAAUCAUCAUCUUCAUCAGCAUCAGCAUCAGCACCAGCAUCAGCAACAACAACAACAACAGCAACAGCAUUUAUUGCAGCAUCAUGUGCAAAUAAGUCGCAGUCCCUCCAUAGAUGAUGAAUAUGAAUAUCAACGUCAGCAAUUUGUAAUACAUCAGCAACAAUUACAACAGCAACAGCAGCAACAGCAACAUUUUCUGCAAUUACAAGGAUUUGUGCCGCAGCAUUUAUACGAUUUCGGACGAAAAUUUGAAAGGGAAACUGUGGUGAAAAUGGAAUAAAAGCAAAAUGAAAGAGUUUUUCAGAGAGAGAGAAAGAGAGAGAGAGAGAGAGAUAAGGGCGAUAUAAUCAACCUCUAAGUAACGCACCAAAGACACUGUAGUUAUCCAAAGAGUUAUGAUUUUGCAUGACGCAAGAAAGUCUUUUAACCCUUUAAAUGCUAAGAUAUUUCAUAAUUCAAAAAAAAAAAAGAAAAAAACAAACUUAAAAUCUUGCCAGAUUUCACUCUUUAUCAAAGUACUGGACAAAAGGCAAAUUUUCCCUUGUCUAGAACAAUUUUUCAAUACUCUUAAGUAAGCGAUAUAUCGCUUAUAGAUUAUAAUCUCGACGUUUCCCCCAUAAAGUAUACGAAUUAUAUAAAUAAUAAUAUGAUAAAAUUAGAUAAAAUUAAGAGAAAAUCUUUAAAAACAAAA